AUGGGUGUUGAACACCGCGACGCGCGAUGGCAUGACAGUCCGGACUCGACGACGGAAGCUUGCGGCGAACCGGGGACAUGGAGUCAGAGCUUGCGACCACCGCGACGGCGGCGACCGGCUUCGAUGGGCCGUGGAGUAGCGUGGAUGUGGAUGCUGGUGGUGAUGGUCUCGGUCCUGGUGACUUCGACCGGCGCCGUGCUGUUGGAUUUCGAGAACUGCCUAGGGAAGUCCGUCAUCGAGUCGAGCCCGCUCCAGCUACAAUUCGUCCCGCUGGACGUCGCAGUCCACUUUGAUCUGGUCAAUCCGCUACACGCCCUGAACAUGACGGUCUACGGCAACGUUUCAGGGACCGCCGAUCGGCGGGCGUCGUACCCAUCUGCCGAUGAUCCCCAAUGGACCAAUCCAAACGAGACCGUGGGUAAGAUCCUGGAUCUGGAUACCACGAACAACAAAUAUUCCACCUUGUUGACGGCCGUCAACGUCGUCAGCUUUUCUCCCUACAGCGAUGCGUCUCGCUUCUGCAAUUCCGUCAUCCAAGGGGACUGUCCGUUGACGCCGGUGUUUAACGCGAACGCGAGCGACCUGAGUGCCUUGCGAGCCAUCUCCUUCCAGCAUGACAUGCUGUCAUCCUAUCACUUCUCCACUCUCUCGUCUACUCUCACCAUCAAAUCCGGCGAUGCCGAUGCUACAAUACUUGGAUGCGUGUCGGUCGACGUCACCCCCGACCUGGGAUCGUCGCUGAAGAGCGCUUUGGCAUAUGUGCCCCUGGUGAUUCUCAUCCUGGUAGGGGUCGCUACUGUAACUGCGGCAAUCUUCAGUCCCUGGGGUACGACGGACCCUUUCCACUGGACCAGCAAUUACGGCCGCGACGAGGAUGUGCUACGACUGGUGACGCCCGGGUUUGGGGAUUGCCUCCAAUACCUACAGUUUGCCGUGCUGACGGGCGCUCUAUCCCUGAACUACCCCGGCUAUUAUCAACCCGUAGUUAGUCAAGUGGCUUGGUCGGCGCUCAUGUUCAACCAGAGCUUUUUGGACUCCGGCAAAGAGCGCAAUCCCGUCUCGGAUGGGGUCUACAGUGUGAACGCGACUGAUGGUCUGGACCGAAUGGAGCACUACGUUGGAAUGGCGUCUCCUCGGGACCUGUGGCCCAACAUGAUGGUGUGGCUGCUCGUCAUCGUGGUCAUCAUCAUGCUUCUCAUCCAGCUGGCUUUUGCCUUUCGCUGGCUGCACCGCGAGAUUGCGAGUAUCCCCGAGGAAGACCUUCGUGCCAAGAACAUGCCGUUCACCGUGGGCAAUGUGAUCCGGAUCGUGUUCAACUACCUCUUUCUACCGCUCAUCUCGCUCUCUUUCUACCAGCUGGUCAUCGCCAGCAAAUCCCCAGCCUAUUGUGUGGCUCUUGCCGUUGUAGUCAUCCUGAUAUUGAUAGCCUUUUCUAUCUGGACGAUCCGGCUGAUCGCGAGUACGCGCCCUAAAUCUUACCUCUUCGAUGACCUACCUACCGUGCUGUUGUAUGGCCCCUUGUACAACACCUUUUGUGACGACGCGGCUGCCUACGCGGUGGUUCCGAUCUUCAUUUCGUUCGCCCGCGGCGUUGCCAUCGGCGCGCUGCAGCCGUCCGGAAUCGCCCAGAUCGUGCUCCUGGCCAUUUGCGAAGUCGUAUCGCUUCUCACUCUUCUUGCCUUCCGCCCUUUCGCCUCGCCCACCUCUAUGAAUUUAUACCAUGCCUGCUUCACUGUGGUUCGGUUCCUCACGAUUUUGCUCAGCGUUGUUUUUGUUCCCUCCUUGCAGGUCCCGCAGGUUGCGCGAGGAUGGAUCGGAUACGUGAUUCUGCUGCUCCACGCCCUGGUUCUCGUCUUUGGAUUUUUCCUGAAUGCCUUGCAAACCUUGAUCGAAGUCAUUGCACGACUGGCUGGUGCCGGUGGUAAUGAAGGUGGCGUUACCCGUGGCGGUCUCACAAAGGUGUUCGGUAUGCGCCAACUCUCGCGGCGGGUGCCAAGGCGUGAUGCAGGAACUCGUCAAAGCAUGGGCUCCGAGGCUGCGAUGCUGGGCCACGCAGACGAUCGAUUAUCCUCUCAAUUCGACGGAUCACGACCCCGGAGUCUGUCGGGUAGCUCGGCUUUGCUCCUCAACCGGGCGACUGCCAGCGACGGCAGAACCAGCGCGUUUUACGAGUCCGCGAGCGCUCACGGCGGAACGCACAGCCGGGCUAACAGCAGCGGCAUCUUUGCACCGUCGACGCCUGGCGGCCACACGACUUUCCAGGGCGCGGGCUACCACACGCCCGGCAGUAACUCUCCCAAGAGCGGGCCUAUAUUCGCCAUGCAUCCGCAGGACCCUUAUUACCGACCCCCAAGACCCCGUCGGAAGGGGACAGAAGGGAGCAUGGGCGAAAAGAGUAGUCGCGGUCAGCGUGUGGCCAGCUAUGCCGACGACGACGAUAUAAUCGAAGGCCCGUCGAUUUCGGGAAGAGCCACCCCGGUGCCGGCUUAUAUUCCGGCGCCCAAGGAUGAUCUGGAUUAUGACGAUCCUCGGCAGUCACAGAAAGACUACGCCGUUCGUGAAGUGGACUUUUACUAUCGGGUGCGCGGCCCUCCGUUAUCACAGUCCGGCACGCGCAAGUUGAAAACGGGCCCGGCAGACCCGACGGGCCCUGUUUCGUCUGCGACGGGAUUUUUCAGGAACCUGUUCCAAGGCAAGACAAAGGAGAAAGGAAAAGGAUUUGAAGUUGUCCGGAGUUCACGGGCUCCGCCUCCGGGUCUCUUCCCCGAACCAGAGUACAAUGAACCGUACUCUGACGAGCCUGGAGAUCGCACCGCCUCCGGUGCCGUCGGUGCCGGGACUGGUGCAGCCAGUGCUGCCGGUGGACAUAAGCGCCAGAACUCGGAAGGGGAGUCGGUAUAUCGUAGCUCGGACGACGAGCAGGACGACGAGGAUUCCGAGGAGGAGCACCACCGACCAACAAAUGUUGCUCCACUCAGUUUGCCGCAGGUUGAUGCGGGCGGUGCUAUUGAGCUUCCGAGCCGUUUGGGCUCGCGCCGUAGCUCUCGGCCUCCGUCCCUGAUGUUGGAGACACCUGCAAACCCCGGGCAACGGCAUGAGUCUGCGCGCUCAAUAGACUUGGGAGACGAGCAUAUGUCUCAGAAAUCCCUUCCGGCCGUACAAGAGGUAGCGACGGGGGAUCCUAGAGAUUUCCAUGACUACGGAGAGCCCAUCUUCCCCCCGAACCAACUCCAUCCUUCUUCGUCGGGCACCGGCCGGUUGCCCUUCAGUGCGAAUAGUUCGCCGUCCCGAGACCGCAAUUUCUCGAUUGCCUCCACAACGGCGUCCACCUCUUCCAGCCGGCACCAUGCACACGAGGGCCACAGUCAGGGCCGGGUGGAACGACCGUCGAGCAUGGGGUACGUUGCGCAACAUCGCACUCGCGACUAUAUCCACGAGGCCAGCCCGGACGAGCCCUCCUUCACGGGAAGCGCGGCCGAGCUUGUCGACGAGCCUCACCAUCACUCCGAGGAAGGACGAUAA